AGCGAUUGCCGAGAAAGAGAAGGAGGCCGCAAAUCGGGACGGGAGGAGGGGGCUGCCCAUCGCGGAGAGGCCCAGGCAGUGAGUCGCCGCUCGAACCCGGGGUGAUACUGGGAUUAACAGUCUCCUGCAAAUUCUGUGCAUACCUGUAGUUGCUGUUGACUUCAUCUCAAAUACCAGCAAUGGCAGCCUCUGGCAGUAGCAGCAGUGAAGAAGAACGUAGCCUCCGUGAAUGUGAGCACUAUGUCCAAAAACAUAACAUCCAGCAACUCCUGAAAGAUUGCAUUGUCCAGCUUUGCACAGUGCGACCUGAGAGACCUAUGGGCUUCCUCCGGGAAUACUUUGAAAGACUGGAAAAGGAAGAAACAAAGCAGUUUAUCAGUCAGCAGAAAGCCAGCUCUCGCACAGAUUCCCGUGAAGAUGAAAUUUCUCCUCCACCACCAAUGAACCCAGUGGUUAAAGGUCGCAGAAGGCGUGGUGCCAUUAGUGCAGAGGUUUACACUGAAGAGGAUGCUGCCUCUUAUGUUAGAAAGGUUAUUCCAAAAGAUUAUAAAACUAUGGCUGCCUUGGCGAAAGCUAUUGAGAAGAAUGUGCUCUUUGCCCAUCUUGAUGACAACGAAAGAAGUGAUAUAUUUGAUGCGAUGUUUCCAGUCACUUAUAUUGCUGGUGAGACUGUGAUACAGCAAGGUGACGAAGGGGAUAACUUCUAUGUUGUUGAUCAAGGAGAAAUGGAUGUUUAUGUGAACAGUGAAUGGGCCACCAGUGUUGGGGAGGGGGGCAGCUUUGGAGAACUUGCACUGAUCUAUGGGACACCCCGAGCAGCGACUGUCAAAGCAAAAACCAAUGUGAAACUGUGGGGUAUUGAUCGAGAUAGCUAUAGGAGAAUCCUUAUGGGCAGCACACUGAGGAAGAGAAAGAUGUAUGAAGAGUUUCUUAGUAAAGUGUCAAUACUUGAAUCCCUCGACAAAUGGGAACGUCUCACAGUGGCUGAUGCAUUAGAGCCAGUACAGUUUGAAGAUGGACAAAAAAUUGUGGUGCAGGGAGAACCCGGAGAUGAAUUUUUCAUUAUAUUAGAGGGUACAGCUGCAGUGUUGCAGCGCAGGUCAGAGCAUGAAGAAUUUGUUGAAGUGGGCAGACUUGCACCCUCUGAUUAUUUUGGUGAAAUAGCUCUACUAAUGAAUCGUCCUCGUGCUGCCACUGUUGUUGCUCGUGGCCCCUUAAAAUGUGUAAAGCUUGAUCGGCCCAGAUUUGAGCGUGUCUUGGGUCCGUGCUCCGAUAUCCUGAAACGGAACAUCCAGCAGUACAACAGCUUUGUCUCUCUCUCUGUCUGAAGUCUCCCUCCUUCUCAAAAUACAUGCUUCACAAAUGCAGACUGUUUUCAUUACUCUUGUGCAGAGCCACACGGCUACUGGCUAUUGCAGCUUCCUGUCUGUCUGAGAGUGGGGGUG